UUGCCUCAGAAUAAUUUCACAUCGAGUUGGUGUUUGAAAAUUGUAGUGUCUCCAAAUUUGGCUGAUGAUUUAACUUUCGAAGAUGGAAUUCGACUUUGUGAAGAAGUGAAUGCCAAAGUUUCACUAUUUGAAAAUUCUUAUGAACUUGACAAGUGUUAUGGUAAUGUUUUUUGUUUUCGACGGGAUGAAUAUGAAUAAGAAUACUUCAGAAAAAGUUCCGAAUGAUCGUAAAAAUGGUUUGAGUGUUCGUGUUGAUGGAGUUCGAAAAGAAAAAUGUAAAACUACCGAUGCAAUUAAAAGUGACCCAGAAUGUUAUAGAGGAAACGUGAGUGAAUCGUUGUUAAACACAGCUACCCAGUUGGAAAUGAGUUUUGAGGUGUUUCAACAAUUAUUUAGCCCUUCUCUUGAUAUUUCAUUUCCUGUUUUUCCCGGAGUUCAAUUCGAAAAACUCGUAGCAAAAAAACAUAAAUUCAAACAGUUUGAAAAAGGCGGAGAAUCAUUUCUGGUGCUCACAUACAUUUUAUUUAAAUUUUUGGCGAAGACUACUGGUCAACUGGUAUUUAAUAUAAACCAUAUAUAUUUUCAAAGACGUUUCAAAUGACGAACUCUGGAAGUGAUCCAACAUACAUAUUUAGCAGAUUUGGACCAAUUGAUCCAAACUUUUUGUAUGCAGGAACGUAAGUUUACAUUUCAAAUCAUCGAAAUGUAAAAACAAUGAGGAAUUUUACAGCGAAAAAGCUGAAAAUUGUCUCGGACUUGUUGAUAACAAAGAACUUUUCGACGUCGCUUGUAUAAAGUAUGUCAAUGUAUUCAAAGGAAUAUUAUGCGGAAAAGCUCCUAAAUAUUGA